AUGGGUGACAAGAAGCGCAAGGCUACCGACAAUGUCGAGGAGGUGAACGACGUUCAAGAGGACCUGAAGAAGCAGGCGAAGAAGGAAAAGAAGGAAAAGAAGGAACGGAAGGAAAAGAAGCGCAAGCUCGCCGAGGCCGAAGCUGAGCCUGCUGAUAAGAUGGAUGUUGACGAAAAGGAGGAGAAGAAGGAGAAGAAGGAAAAGAAAGAGAAGAAGGAAAAGAAGGAGAAGAAAGAAAAGAAGGAAAAGAAGGACAAGAGCGACAAGGAAGAGAAGAGCGAUAAUGAGGAGAAGAGCGAGAAGAAGGAAAAGAAGGAGAAGAAGGACAAGAAGGAGAAAAAGGCCAAGAAGGAGACUGCCGCUGAGGAUGACACCAAAGCCAAUGCUGAAGAGCAGCCUGAGCAGACCGAGAAGACUGAGGAAGCUUCACAAGAAAAGAAUUCCCGAUUCAUUUGCUUUGUCGGUAACCUGCCCUUCUCUGCAAACACUGAGUCCGUCACAAAACACUUUGAGAAGAACCCUCCCGCUAGCGUGCGUGUCGCCACCAACAAGGAUGAUUCCAAGAACCGAAGCCGUGGAUUUGCGUUCAUCGAAUUCGACAACUACGAUCGCAUGAAGACCUGUCUCCAGCUAUACCACCACUCCACCUUCGACGACGGAAAAUACCCGCCUCGUCGCAUCAAUGUUGAAUUGACUGCUGGUGGCGGCGGUGCUAAGUCUGAUCACCGCAAGGCAAAGAUCCAGGCUAAGAACGAGAAGCUCAACGAUGAGCGCCAGCGCAAGGCACUGGAAGCCAAGAAGGUCCAGAACAAGCAUGAUCAUGACAAGCGAUCUGCACGCAAGGGUCCUACUGGUGCCAAUGCGGUUGGUGGUGGCGAUGCUGCUCCUGCUCCUGCUGCUGAUGAAGAUAAGUAUGCCGGUGUGCACCCCAGUCGUCGGGGUCAGUUGUGGUAG